AUUGCUUCAACUUUUUUCUUCCCUCCUCCUGACAACAACCUGCUACCAGUAUUUCCCUGCUCGCUAGACACACGACAACGUCGUCCAUUUAAUCCCUAAUCAAUCUCCUUUUGCUCCUCCCGCAAAACACACACAACCGUCAAGAUGGGUUUCUCUCAAGGUGAUCUCAAGAAGGGCGAGAAGCUCUUCACCACCCGUUGCGCUCAGUGCCACACACUGAAGGAGGGUGAGGGCAACAAGGUCGGCCCUGCCCUGCACGGUCUUUUCGGCCGUAAGACCGGCUCCGUCGAGGGCUUCUCCUACACCGAUGCCAACAAGCAGAAGGGUAUCACAUGGGACGAGGAGACCCUUUUCACCUACCUCGAGAACCCCAAGAAAUACAUUCCCGGCACCAAGAUGGCUUUCGGUGGUCUCAAGAAGGACAAGGACCGCAACGACCUCAUCACCUACCUCAAGAAGGAGACCGCAUAAACUAAUACCGCGACAACAAGUCGGACGUGUAACGAUAAAGCAUUUGCAUAGACGGAUGGGCCAACGAGUGUAUUUUAUAGAUUAGACCGUGGCAGCGCCAUUGGCUGUGGUGCGAGCAUAUAUCCAUCUCCUCUUUAUUAAUGACGAAGUAACUUUUCCAUAAAAGCGGGAAAGCGAGCAAAUAGAGUCACCCAAUCCUGGUUGAUAGCGCGUGUUCGCUUGCUCGCUCAUUUAGAGAAGGCAUGGGGUUGGGUCGGUUUUUAGAGUUAAACCGCUCAUGGUACAUAUAGAUGGACCCCUUUUGUGUGUAUCAAUAACAGCUUUGAAUUCUGUCCCCAA